GCUGCGCGCCGCUCCGGGCAGGUAGAGCCGGGCUCCGGGCGCGCCAGGGCCGCAGCAGCUGUCGCCCCACCUCGCCUCGGCCCUGCGCACAGCCUCGCGCGCCCAUGGCGGGCUCGGAGCAGCAGCGGCCGCGGCGGCAGGACGACGGAGACUCGGCCGCGGCGGCGGCGGCGGCACCCCUGCAGGACGCGGAGCUGGCCCUGGCUGGCAUCAACAUGCUGCUCAACAACGGCUUCAGGGAGUCGGACCAGCUUUUCAAACAAUACAGAAAUCAUAGCCCAUUAAUGAGUUUUGGAGCCAGCUUCGUCAGUUUUUUGAACGCCAUGAUGACAUUUGAGGAAGAAAAAAUGCAGUUGGCGUGUGAUGACUUAAAGACGACAGAGAAACUGUGUGAAAGCGAAGAGGCUGGAGUAAUUGAAACCAUCAAGAAUAAAAUUAAGAAAAAUGUUGAUGUCCGAAAAUCUGCCCCCUCUAUGGUUGAUCGGCUUCAGAGGCAGAUAAUCAUAGCUGACUGUCAAGUUUAUCUGGCUGUGCUCUCGUUUGUGAAACAAGAAUUGUCAGCCUAUAUAAAAGGUGGGUGGAUCCUUAGGAAAGCCUGGAAGAUUUACAAUAAAUGCUAUCUGGACAUCAGUGCCCUUCAGGAGCUGUAUCAAAAGAAGCUAACUGAAGAGCCUUUGACUUCUGACGCUGCAAAUGAUAAUCACAUUGUGGCUGAAGGGGUGUCUGAGGAGUCUCUAAACAGACUGAAAGGUGCUGUUAGCUUUGGAUAUGGCCUUUUUCACCUUUGCAUAUCCAUGGUGCCCCCCAACCUGCUCAAAAUCAUCAACCUGCUGGGUUUUCCUGGAGACCGCCUGCAAGGGCUUUCUUCACUGAUGUAUGCAAGCGAAAGUAAGGACAUGAAGGCCCCUUUAGCUACAUUGGCUCUGCUCUGGUAUCAUACUGUAGUCCGUCCGUUUUUUGCCUUGGAUGGCAGUGAUAACAAAGCAGGCCUGGAUGAAGCAAAGGAAAUUCUUCUCAAAAAAGAAGCUGCUUAUCCAAAUUCUUCCCUCUUCAUGUUUUUCAAGGGACGCAUACAACGAUUAGAGUGUCAAAUCAACAGUGCCUUGACUUCUUUCCAUACCGCCUUGGAGCUUGCGAUAGAUCAGCGAGAAAUCCAACAUGUCUGUCUGUAUGAAAUUGGUUGGUGCAGCAUGAUAGAGCUGAACUUCAAGGAUGCAUUUGAUUCCUUUGAGAGGCUAAAAAACGAGUCCAGGUGGUCGCAGUGCUAUUAUGCCUAUCUAACUGCGGUUUGUCGGGGAGCCACCGGUGACGUGGAUGGGGCACAGAUAGUCUUCAAAGAGGUUCAGAAACUCUUCAAAAGGAAAAACAAUCAGAUUGAACAGUUCUCGGUGAAAAAGGCAGAGAGGUUUCGGAAACAAGCUCCAACCAAAGCACUGUGUGUGCUGGCCUCCAUCGAGGUGUUGUACCUGUGGAAAGCCCUUCCCAACUGUUCCUUCCCCAACCUGCAGAGGAUGAGUCAAGCUUGCCACGCAGUGGAUGAUUCAUCUGUCGUUGGAUUAAAGUAUUUGCUUCUUGGUGCCAUACACAAAUGUCUAGGAAACUCAGAAGAUGCUGUUCAGUUCUUCCAGCGAGCUGUUAAAGAUGAGUUGUGUCGUCAGAAUAACUUAUACGUUCAGCCAUAUGCCUGCUAUGAACUUGGCUGCCUUCUGUUAGAUAAACCAGAGACUGUAGCAAGAGGCAGAACUCUACUUCUUCAAGCAAAGGAGGAUUUCUCUGGCUACGACUUUGAAAACAGAUUGCAUGUCCGCAUCCAUGCUGCUCUGGCCUCUCUGAGGGAACUGGUUCCUCAGUGACGACACGGGGUUUCUGCUCUGUCCCUCCCCACCAGGUUCUGCACUUUAAAAUAAAAGCAGAGGACACAGCUCUUCCGAAGAUCGGCUUUUCUUCUGAAAACCACCUGUGCCAGGGACACAUUUUCCCACUUAGGCUGACAUAUUCAAGAUCUCCUCUUUUAAACAUAUAGCUGAGAAGUAAUGAUGAUGAUCCUAGUAAUUAUAACUAACCACCUGGGGAGAGGGCUAAGUGACCUUGUUCAAACAUUUUAGUUUUGUGAUUUAUUAUUUUUAAAAUAAAAUCAAACUAAAUAUUCAACCUGUGAUCCUCUAGGAACGCCUACCUUAAGCACACAUCUGACUGGGUAACGCUAGGAGGUACCUGUAAAAUUAUCAACAGUAUUAUGACAUAGCGUUUCUAUUGUGUUUUGAAAGAAAAAAGUGCUUUCUAGUGUUUUCCUUUAUCCUCUAACUUGUGAAUAGCGCAGCACAGCACAGAUAUUCUUAUCCCCAUUGUCUAGACAAUGAAACUCAGGCACAAAAAGGCUAAUUGACUUGUCCCAAUUGAUUAUUCCUGUUAGCAGUGGAGCAAUGACUAGAAUGCAGAUCUCCUGAUCCCAGAUAGAAUAUUCUUGUUAAAAAAAUGUUAAUAACCCAGAAUUUUGUUUUCCUUAUUAAAACACAAAUGCUCUUCAGCUGAA